AUGGAUGUUCCUUUGAAUGAAAGGCCUCCCACUGGUCUCGGGCUUCGUCAACGAAUGGGCAUGGGAUCAACUGGUGGAAGUGUGUUGGUACAACCUUCGCAACGACAGAAUAACACAGUGAUGGGAGGAUCUGCUAAUCCGAUGGCUCAAAGCAACCUUAGUGCAAAUAAUACGUUGUUAGUGGGGACGAAUAAUGCAAACAACACGACAUACAACAACAAUCAACAGGUAGGAAUUAUAGGAUCUCUACUGAAUCAAUUCGGAAGUGGACUGUGUGGGAUGAUUACUGCAGUUGGAGGAUGUUUUAAUGGUUGUGCUGGAUCGGUUUUUAGCGGAUUUAAUGGAAUGUCAACCAAUUUAUCUGGAUAUAUUCCCAAUUUAACCAUGUUGCAAUUUCGAUUGUUGAAUUUAUUGUCACCAACGUACAACUCAAAUGCCAACAAUCCUUUUGAAAAAUAUAAUGAUUUGCUAAUAAUGAAAAGCAAUUCUUCAACAGUUCAGUAUUAUUCUAGAGACUCCAUGGAUAACUUGAAAAUUAAGGUUACCAUACGAAGAACGAAUAUGGUGAUCGGAAAAAAGACAUUGAAAGAAAGAAAAGAGCAAAACGAAGGAUCACUUGAGUCCAACCUAGAGGAAGACGACGAAGAUACAGAAUAUAAAAACCAUGUGACAGUAUUUCAAUGGCAACAGAAAGUAUUCAGUCCAAGAGAAAUUGUAGUUUAUAACGACAUGAAAUUUCCAAACACUACUCUGGAUGGUUUUUAUAAACGAGAAGUGGACGCCUUAAUUGAAAUGUUGGGAAAAGAGAAGUUAUCAAUUGAUUUAUUACCAUACAUACAGGACGAUUUAGAUACUGAACAAAUGAUGGAAAUGUUUGAUUACAAAAGAGACAAGUCAUUUUCACACAAUGAAGAGCAAGGUAUCACACAGCAGCAACAUGCAGAACAAAAAACAAGGCCCCAUAGAAAGAAGUUUGGAACUGACGGGAUUUCAGACUUGUUGCAACACAAAUUGUUCACAUACACAGAUAUUGACGAUUUUUAUACAAACCAAAUCCAUACCUCCAUUCCAUGCGCUUCCAAUGAGCAGUAUCCAAUAUCAAAAAAGAGAGAUCCAACCCCUCAGCAGUCAAAAUGCCAAACCAUGUACAUAAUGGCUAGUGUUGGAGGAAUGGACAAGGGUAUUUGGAAGGGAAAAGAAUAUCCUAUUUGUAUUAUACAAGCUCUUCCAGAUGGUAGUUUUCUAAUGAAGCCAGGUUUUUCGUUGAAACCUCAAGAUGGGGAGAAAGAGGAACCAAUGAGUGAAUUUCUGAAACGAUACCAAAAUGAAAUUGGAGAUAUUGAUUUUCUAAAUAGAAAUAAGGAAAACAGAUAUAUUUUCAGGACAGAGGAUGGAGCUGUUUAUGAAUAUACCAUUUCUCUUUAUAACGAUUACAAGAAGGAUAACAAAAUCGAUGAAACCAGAAAGCGCAUUUUGAAACAAUUACACGAGAAGUCACUACAAAUGAAACGUAAUUUAGUAGGAAUGGAAUUUAACGACACUCCAAAAAAUUACAAUUUUAGGUUGUCAAUAUCAGGAACUAUUCUUUCAGGAAGAGAUUUUGAAGCAGACAGGUAUUUUGUGAGGUAUUACUUUGAUCUUCCUUCCAAGUAUUCAUUAGAAAAUCCCAUGUCUCAAAAAUUGGUUUCUUCAACACAAAUGGGGGUGGCUUCGGAAAUGUGGAACGAAUUUGAGAAUUAUUUCGAAACUCAUUUUGCAUUUCCAUUUCACUUUGAUUGCCUCUGUGACAAGAUUUCACCUACUCCUAAACUAUUUUUCCAAGUCACAUCCAAGGAUUCAUGGGAUAGAUUUAGGGUGGAGGGUUAUGGAUUUGUAUCGAUACCUUCCACUCCUGGCUAUCACAAAUUAACAGUUCAGACAUGGAAACCUGCAGGUUCAAUUCGCAAUAAUCUUCGAAGCAGAUUUGUUGGAGGUUCUACUGAAUUAAGAGAUCUUUCUUAUACUGCCAUACCGAACGGAUUCGAUCAACACUUCCUCAAUAAGUUUGGAUUUUGCACAGAGACCAGUGGCUCUAUCACCCUUUCACUCAAUAUUAUUCUUCAUGGGCUCGAAGAAUAA